AUGUGCCAUCGAUUGGUUGAGAAAUUUCAAGAGAGAUUGCAUCAUCCAAGUACACAACAAACACUAGUUUCCACUGAUCGCAAAUUCAAAACAUGUGUGUACUUCACGAAUUGGGCCGUGUAUGAUAAAAAGCAUUUCCCAAGCCAUUUGCCCCUUCGAUAUUAUACCCACAUAUUUUAUGCCUUUAUCACUAUCGACCCCGAAAGCGGCAACGUUAAAUUCACCGAUAAGUGGUGCGAUUUGGAGUUACCAGAAGAGUCGUUGAUUCCGGACGAGACUGUCCAUGGGAGUUUGCAACAACUAUACCAAAUGAAAAAACUCAAUAGAACCUUGAAGGUAAUAAUGUCCGUUGGUGGAUGGGGCACGUCUCAUUUAUUCGAAGCAAUUGUUGCUGAUGAACAAAAGUUACAGAAUUUUGUUGAAAGCUCAGUGGGAUUUAUCGAGGAAUAUGGGUUUGAUGGUGUUGAUAUUGACUGGGAGUAUCCAAAGAAUUCCAGAGAGGGUCAACGUUUUGUGGAUUUAUUGCGUUCGAUGCGCGAGAGAUUACCACCAAGGUAUUCCUUAACGGUUGCUGCCCCAGCAGGAAUUGACAACAUCAAGCAUCUUGACAUUCCAGAGAUGGAUCAAUAUUUGAGUUUUUGGAACUUGAUGUGUUAUGACUUUGCCGGCCAGGGCUGGUCGCAAAACACUGCUUUCCAUUCCAAUCUAUUCGGAAAUAAUGGUGAUAACGAUAUGAAUGUAGCAGACGUGGUGCAAAUUUAUCUCCUGAAAGGCGUUGUUCCAUCCAAACUAAUUUUAGGAUGUCCGAUGUAUGGUAGAAUAUUCCAUGGGGUAAACUCUUGUAAAAUUGGGGACCUGUUCCAGAGGCAACAGAAUUCUGAUUCAAGUGACAUCAUCAACUACAACGAGAUUGGUUGCUUUCCAGAACAAUAUUUUGAUCUCAGAAAGGUUGGAGCCUACGCAUAUGACACCAAAUCCAAACGCUUGGUGACUUAUGAUAACGAACAAAGUGCAAAAAUUAAAGGCAACUUCGUUAAGUCGAAAGCAUUGGGAGGCGGGAUGUGGUGGGACUCCUCGGGUGACAGAGUUACGUCUCUGAAUCCGUCGCCUGACUCUUUAGUGACAAACUUUGUUGACCAACUAGGCGGAGUUACCCAGUUGGAUCAAAAUGAAAAUUGUUUAUUGUAUCCAAAGAGUAAAUACUUGAAAAGUUUAAGAUCUUGA